UCCUUUCACCUGAGCACAGAUUGAUAUACCCCUAUAGGGAAAGCCUGGACCUCUCUUCCCUGGGCCUGGGCUGGCGCUGGGGUCCAGCUGGGGGCAUCCGAGAGCCGUGGGUCCUGCCCCGCCCCUGCACGGCCAGGUCGCCCCGCCCUGCCCCACGGGCCCCAACGCCCGGCCACUGCCCGCCGCCCGUCGGCCCUUCCGCCUCACUCAGCCGCGCCGUGGAGCGGGACGGGCACUGGCCAUGGAUCGGACAGCGGGCAAGGACCUCGCCCUGGCGCCGCUGCAGGACUGGGGCGAGGAGACCGAGGAAGGAGCGGUGUUCAGCGUGUCCUUACGUCGGCAGCUCAGUCAGCGCUCGAGCCCGAGGGAAGGGCCUGGGGGCAGCCAGGCCUCCAGCCCGGCUGCGGACGCCUUCCUCCAUUACCGCACGAGCAAGGUGCGGGCGCUGAGGGCCGCGAGGCUGGAGCGGCUGGUGGGGGAAUUGGUGUCUGGAGACCACGAGCAGGACCCGGGCUUCGUGCCUGCCUUCCUGGCCACCCACAGGGCCUUUGUAUCCACUGCCCGUGUGCUGGGCCUUCUCCUGCCACCACCGCCACCGCCCCUGCCUCCAGGGACAGAGAUCAAGAAGACAGAGGCAGGAGGUCUGCCCGUCAACAAGAACUUAAGGGCUGUGGUGUCCGUGCUGGGCUCCUGGCUGCGGGAUCACCCUCAGGAUUUCCGGGCUCCCCCUGCCCACUCGGACCUAGGCAGCGUCUGCACCUUUCUGGGCUGGGCGGCCCCAGCAGGGCCCGAGGCCCGGGAGGCAGAGAAGCUACUGGGAGAUUUCCUGGAAGAGGACGAGCGAAAGCAGGAAGACGAGGAACAGCCUGAGGCGUGGACAGUACCUCCUGGAGCUACCCAGACCCCACGCCCAGACUCCCCAGAAGGCUGCUGGGAAGAGGAGGAAGCAGUGGCGCGGGAAGGCCCUGAGCUCCUAGACUUCAGUGUAGACGAAGUGGCCGAGCAGCUGACCCUGAUGGAUGUGGAGCUCUUUUCUCGGGUGCGGCCCUGCGAGUGCCUGGGCUCCGUGUGGUCACAGCGAGACCGUCCAGGGGCCGCAGGUACUGCCCCCACUGUGCGAGCCACCGUGACCCAGUUCAACAUGGUGAUCGGUUGCGUGCUGGGCUCGGUGCUCGGAGCGCAGGGCCUGGCCGCCCCACAGAGGGCGCAGCGGCUGGAGAAGUGGAUCCGCAUCGCCCAGCGCUGCCGCGAACUGCGGAACUUCUCCUCCCUGCGCGCCAUACUGUCAGCCCUGCAGUCUAACCCCAUCUACCGCCUCAAGCGGAGCUGGGGCGCCGUUAGCCGGGAACGGUUAUCCACUUUCAGAAAACUCUCGAAGAUUUUCUCCGAUGAGAACAACCACCUCAGCAGUAGAGAGAUUCUUUCCCAGGAGGAGGCCACCGAGGGCCCCCAAGAGGAGGACCCCCUCCCAGGAAGCCCGCCCCCAAAACUGCCCCCAGGCCCUGUCCCUUACCUUGGCACCUUUCUCACGGACCUGGUUAUGCUGGACACAGCCCUGCCGGACAUGCUGGAGGGGGAUCUCAUCAACUUUGAGAAGAGGAGGAAGGAGUGGGAAAUCCUGGCCCACAUCCAGCAGCUGCAGAAGCGCUGUCGGAACUACUGCCUGAGUCCCCGCGCACCCAUCCUGGUGGCCCUGCGUGCCCAGCGCCAGCUCAGCGAGGAGCAGAGCUACCACGUCUCCCGUGUCAUUGAGCCGCCAGCUGCCUCCUGCCCCAGCUCCCCACGCAUCCGACGGCGCCUCAGCCUCACCAAGCGCCUCAGUGCAAAGCUGUCCCGAGAGAAGGGCUCAUCCCCUGGUGGGAGUCCUGGGGACCCCUCGUCCCCCACCUCCAGUCUUUCCCCAGGGUCCCCGCCGUCUAGUCCUAGAACCAGAGACCCUCCUCCUGGCAGUCCCCCGGCCUCUCCAGGGCCCCAGAGCCCCACCACCAAGCUGCCCCUGAGCCCGGACCUGGCAGGCCCCCGGCCCUUGGCUUUGCCUCUGAGCGGCUCUCACAUCUCCUUACCGGGGCAGCAGGGAUCAGAGGCUCGAGUCAUCCGCGUCAGCAUUGACAAUGACCACGGGAACCUGUAUCGGAGCAUCUUGCUCACCAGUCAGGACAAGGCCCCCAGCGUGGUGCAGCGAGCCCUGCAAAAGCACAAUGUGGCCGAGCCCUGGGCCCGUGACUACCAGCUUUUCCAAGUCCUUCCGGGGGACAGGGAGCUGCCGAUUCCUGACAACGCCAAUGUCUUCUAUGCAAUGAGUCCCGCCGCCCCUAGAGACUUUGUGCUGCGGCGGAAGGACGGGGCCCGGCACACAGCUACCAUCUCCUCGACCUGAGGGGGCCCUCUUCUCCCUCUAGGGGCCUGGUCCCUGCCACCAUGGAUGUGGGGAGAGGCCUCCUCUCCCAGAAAAGUCCCAUUCCCCCAUAGAGCCAUUGUGCUCUGUACCGUGUGACCCCCACCCCCCCACCCCCAACUUCAUCGAAUGCCAUCUCUCUGACACUCCCGGUACUUGAUCCUCAUUCCAAAGCCAUCAGUCCAUGAGUGGCCGGAUGAAGAGUUUCAUCCCAUAAACAUAGAAGGCAGGUGGGGCACGGAUGGGGGCAGGGGGGGUCAGACCCUUC